GUUUCGUCCUGACCAGAUCACAUGACCCGACGUUACCAGCUUGUUAGCAGCUAGCUACGUUAGCGCCAGAGUUUACCAGGAAACGGAGAGCCCUGACGUUACCUCCAGACACGCCAAGGGAAGGAGCUGCCAAACAGAUGUAUUAAGAUCAUUUAAGUUAUCUGGUGGCUUAUUAUUUUUAUUCAACAGCUGCCUGGAUCUACUGUGAGCUAGCUGAACGCUACCUGAAUGGCCUGACUCUUCAACAUUAAAGAAAUGAGCAUGUGACCAGGGACUGGGGUUUAACAGCACAUGAUCCAGACCAGUGGAUGAGCUCAAAAUCAACCUAGGGUAAACUAUUUCAAAAGUGGUGGAUUUGGGAGUAAAUAGCCAUGACAACAAAGACAUCCUUGUUGAAAGUAAUUCUGCUCGGUGACGGUGGUGUAGGAAAGAGUUCCAUCAUGAAUCGCUACGUGACCAACAAGUUUGAUGCACACCUUUUCCACACCAUCGGGGUUGAGUUCCUCAACAAGGACCUGGAGGUAGAUGGCCACCAGGUUACCCUCCAGAUCUGGGACACAGCUGGCCAGGAGCGCUUCCGCAGCCUGAGGACUCCUUUCUAUCGUGGCUCUGAUUGCUGUCUGCUCACCUUCAGUGUUGAUGAUAACCAGAGUUUUCUGAACUUGGGCAACUGGAAGAAGGAGUUCAUCUACUAUGCGGAUGUCAAGGAGCCGGAGAAGUUCCCGUUCGUAGUACUGGGCAACAAAGUGGAUGUGACGGAGAGGCAGGUGUCUACCGAGGAGGCGCAGCAGUGGUGCAAGGAGAAUGGUGACUACCCCUAUUAUGAGACCAGUGCCAAGGAUGCCAUCAAUGUAGCAGUGGCCUUUGAGGAGGCAGUGCGUAGAGUGUUGGCAGUGGAUGAAAGAACGGACCACCUCAUCCCUACAGACACAGUCAAGCUUCACAGAAAGCCUCGCUCCACUGCCACUUGCUGUUCGUAACACCCAGGAGUUAUCACCAACAUGAAUUCACUAUUAGGCCCAUUAAAUGAGGAUGUAGGUGUACAGUUCUGUAGUAACAUCUUAUUUAAACAAAUACACUGUUGAUGGUUUGAUAAUGCAAAGUGUUGGAUUUGUUUGGGGGAGAAAAACAAUGAAAAAACACUAAAUUAAUGCUAGUGUCAUUACAAAUACAAUUAAAAGCAUUUGACUCAACACUGCCAAAGGCCAUUAAGUCAGGCUUACGGGAAAAAAAAAAAAAAAACAUUUUGUGUUGACCCAAGACAACUUAUAAAUUAGAGUAUUUUUCAAAAGGUUAAAUGAUUCCAUUUUUUUUUUUUAUUUGUUUAGAUAUGUGCAACCUGGAGAGUGCAAUUACUGUAGGGCCUCUACACUCCACUCCCUAAUAUUGUAAUGCAGAAUGGUGACAUGAUAGUAAUGAAAUAACUGCAGAAUUGAAAUAACAUAUAUCUACCAAUAAACUUAUUUCUGAAAAUUAUGAGGUAGCUAAGGAAAUUCUUUGUAUGACUAACAAAUGGAAGCUUGUUAUUAAUGCACAUUUAGGUCUUGUUUGUGCACAUUCUGCAUUGUGGAUAGAUUAUGGCUGUGUGUUGAAAGCAAUGAGGGAUGAAUUAAUUCCCUGAAAUAUUAAAACAGAUUUAACAUGCAUGGCAUUUGGAAUAUUUCUGUUUCUGGAAACUUUUGUAUUUUGUAAGCUCUUUUUAUCAUUGGAAAAAAACAUGAAUCUAACUAUAAGCAGAAUAAAUAAUGGAGUAGUGACAUUUUUUUCAUUGAUGGGAUUAUUUAGCUAAUGAAUGCACUUAUUUUUUAAAUAUAUUUUCAAGUUGAAAGUCUCCCCAUAGUUAUUUAAAACUGUGAACCAUAUGUUUAAGUGUCAUUUUUUUUUUCUUUCAAAGUUGUACUACUGGCAUGCCAAGUGAUGAAUAAACCCCCUGAAAAUUG